AUACAAGGCAAGCACCACUGAAAUAUGACAAUAUUUCAGUGGUGUUAUUUCAAUUGCAACCAUUGUUUGUGAGAAGGUGCUGGCUUGCGCGGUUCGCUCUCAACUAAAUGCAGUAUAAAUUUAUUGCCAUUAUUGUGUUCGCUCCGUGAAGCAACAUUUCAUACCGAUUCACAUUCGCUCUCACCUAUGUUCUUUGCGCUUAUCACUCUCUUACCUGUUCUAUUUUAUCAAUGGUAUUCAAUAAAAAAAGAAUAUAAACACAAAUUUUGACCAGCAGCUGAAGUGAAAUAAUCAUUUGUGGAAUUAAUUCAUGCUCGGACUACUAACAUCGACGUGAAUUUAAAAACAUGCCUGGCGUCAUCGGAUUGCUCGUCCUAAUUUUGGAGUCGCACAUGCUGUUCUCUACAAUCGAUUCGGCGUUGCUAGGGGCAUCGGGAUGCGGAUCGAUUAUCUGUCCUGUGGUAUUUGAUGAAGUAACGAAUGCCAAGGUUCAGCUGGUCCCCAAGAUAGUCCCGACGUCGCCCACCGUUCCACCGGCCUUGAUGAGGUUGUCUGGUGUCGCCAAUGAAGGAAGCACAUGGACCUGUGUGUAUCCAGAUAUUGAUGAGUGCGCGAGUUCUCCUUGUGGUGACCGAAAACAAUGCAUCGAUGGAGAAAGGUCCUAUCGGUGCGAAUGUAAACCUGGUUAUGCUGGUCCAGAUUGCGAAAUUGAUAUCAAUGAAUGUGCUAGUAACCCUUGUCAGAAUGGAGGAUCAUGUACGGACAAUCUCAACCAUUACGCUUGCUCUUGUCAAGUAGGUUUCAAGGGCAAAAACUGCGACAUAAUGAGACUGUACCCAAUGACUACAUGCGAACACGAGCAAAUACAGCUAGAUUGUGGGCCUGACCAUCGUAUUCACAUCAAAAGCGCAAUCUUCGGAAGAAAGUCUGGUGCACACGUCUGUUCAGUCAACAGGACCCUGGAUGAGGAUUGUUCAUCAGACUCCGCGUCGAUUGUCAUGACGUCAUGUGAGGGAGCAUCUAAUUGCACCUUGCCCGUCAAUAAAUCAACUUUCGGGGAUCCUUGCCCGGAUGUAGAGAAGUAUCUCUCCACCAAUCAUCGAUGCUUAUGUAGUUUCCGCACAGAAGACAGCGGCUCAAAUCAUAAUUAUCAUUGGUUGUUCCCGGUUAGUCGGAUACAAAACGGAUUGUUUAAGUUUCUUGUGAGGGCAGCUCACGACGUACACGUUGCGCUGGCCGACCGUUCGUCAUUAUACGGGAAGUACGUAGAAAUCGUACUCUGUGGCUGGUCAAACUCUGUUGUCGGCAUUAGGCGAGAUUGUACCGACUGUCCACCAGUAGUUAGCACCUUAGCUACACUCUGCCAAAACAAUGCAUUCACAGAGUUUCAGAUAUCUUUUGUUGCCGGUUACUACGAAAUCGGGUUACCCGAUCAGACAGAACCGUUACUCCAGUGGCAGGAUCCGAAUCCUUUUGACGUCACCCGUGUGGGCGUGUUCUCGGGCCACGGCUCAGAUGCUGACUGGAUGUUUUACUCAAACUUCAUUCCAUGACAAUUACAUGUAUCUACAGUAUACCAAAGCCUUUUACGGAUCAUUGGUAUAACUUAUACUCGAGCAUUAUCUAGCAUUCCAUUCUUGCAUCAUUGUAGUUGGGUAUUUAUUCUUUGUGAAAUGUGAAUUUAAUUUUAAUAUUUAAUAUAUCGAGCGCCCUCUCUCGUUGCUCUUUAUAUUUUUCCUAUACAAAGGAGUAAAUUUGAGCUCCUAUGAUAUCUUAAAAAAGACACACGCAAACACACUAAAAAUUAAAUAAAAAGAAAGCAUUUGUAAACUCAUGGUACAUUAUCCUUAGUAUGUCUUGAAACAUGGAGUAAUUUCUAAUGAGUAUUAUUUUCUUUGAAAUGUGAUAAAUAGAUUGAUUAUGUUUGUAUUAAAUCAAUAGCAAUGAUCAGUAAAAUCAGUAAAUAAAUAUCAUCGCUUCACGAAAUACUCGCGUGGGAAAAGGGCGCCAUCUAUUGAUUAGUAUUAUACACUUUUUGUUAAAGUAUUAUGAGAGUUUUCGCCAUCGCAAUGAGGACGCAUUUUACAAAAUAGAAAAUCGAUUUAAGAUGCCCCUCAAAUCACAAUGAACAGCUGAGAGGUCUUUGUCGAAAAUUUGUGAACCGGGACAUCGUUUGAUUGUCGUAAGAUUCUGAGCUAACGUAAAAUUGCAAAAUAUGUCGUUUAUCCCGAGUCCAGGACGAAACUGUUUUGAUUGACCGAUUUUUGACAAAGACUGGCUUUUGACAAAAGAUUUUUUAUGUUGUAGAAUCUGUCCGUCGCGAUUGUGAAAACUUUCUAAUUAACAAAGGAAUUGGAAUUGUUAACGUGACCUAAGAUUUGGAAAUAGUGUAUCCUUUACAAAUAAAAACAAAUUGUAAUCUGUCGAUUUUUUUUUCUCUUUUGUAUUUAAACUGCAAGACGAGUAUUCAUUUACGCAGAAAAAGACAUAUAGUAGCAAUAAUGGAUUUCAAUCACGCAUAUAAUAGACAGUCUAUUAAUCAUGUCUUCAACUCAACCAGAUUCUGAAUUUUCUCAUACAUUCAACAGAUGCCACAUAUUCACUUCGUUAUAUUUAACUGUCAGUGUCCUUUUGUGUAAUUCGAUCAAAUAUAAUUUGUAUGUUUAUUGCAAUGAAUGCAAACUAAUAGAUCGAAUUUUCAUCUUUUCACAAUCAAUUUAGAUGUGUUGUGGAUCAGUGGAUAAAUCUCCAGAUUUUGAACCUCAAGGUCAGGUGUUCUAAUCCCACCGAGGCAAUCUCAUCUUUUGGCAAGGCGUUUAUCUACAUUUGCCUCUCUCCACCCAGGUGUAGUAAAUGGGUACCCGAGAGGAAGGAAUUCCUUGAAUGCUUGAGCACCCGAUAAGGGUAGCUGUGUAAAAGUAUGCAGCGCUUACAAACUUUGUAUUAAGCGCUAUAUAAAUAUUGCAUAUUAUUAUUUAGUUUUUACCUUGUAAACUUUCGCCUACUCAUAUUUGCCACUGAUCUCUCCGCUAACUGGAUAUACAGGGACGGUCCUUUGUUUGAAGCCCGCGAGUUCUAUUGUCCGCCAUACCAGUUCCCCCAAAAGGAACGCGAUCGCUCCACUGCAUGUGCAUUGGAGCGGUACGCUAGCUGUCUGCACACUGAAGCUCUCAUUGCUUUUCAUACAAAACUUCAUAUAUUAAUUUUCUUGAACCAUGGUACUUUCCCAGUACAUUUCGGAAACAUAAUAUUGAAGAGGUUGGUGUUUCUCUCACCUGAGGAAGGAUGGAUGAAAUCCUUGACUUGUCUAGGGGUAUUUUGGAGGCAUUGCCAAAUAACAUCUUAGGGAUAGGGCGAGGACUUUCUAGGUUAUGCAGGCUUAUAACACUGGGCUUGAAACCCCCUUUUAUUUAAAGAACAAGUCCACCCCAAAAGAAAAUUGAUUUGAAUAAAUAGAGAAAAAUCAAACAAGCAUAACACUGAAAAUUUCAUCGCUUAAGUGAAACUAUAAAUUGUCAUAACUUUCAUAUUUUACUUCCGAUUUUGAUUAAAUUUUCAGCAUUAUUGUUUUGUUUUUUUCUAUUUUCAAAUCAUAUUUUCCAUGAAGUGGACUCGCUCUUUAAGAGUGUCUCUCUCUCCCUCCGUCACACCCAGCCUCUUCAAUUAUCCUCUCCCCAGUUUGUUCAUAGCAUAAGCGGCUGAAGCGGGGGGAGGGGGGUCCUGUCCCUCCUAAAUUUUAGGUGGGGGACGGACCCCCCUAAAAUUUAUGUUGAAAACCUUUUUUGUUUUUUUUUGCUUGUCAAUUUUGUUUCCUUCGUCCCCCCCCUAAAUUCAGGUAGACCCCCUAAAAUUAUUGUUGUCCCCCUUAAAUUCUGGUUGAUAACCCUUUUUUUUUUGCUUGUCAGAUUAUUUCUUUUGUUUUGCAUCCCCCCCUAAAUUUUGGGUUGAUAACCUUUUUUUUUUGCUUGUCAGAUUAUUUUUCAUUUUUCUUGCGCCCCCCCUAAAUUUUGGGUUGAUAACCCCCUUUUUUUGCUUGUCAAUUUUUUUUCCUAUGUCCAACCAUAAACUUCAGGUGGACCCCCCUCCCCUAAAUUUUUGGGCUUCCGCCGCCAAUGGUUCAUAGUUAAAUCUGCCAUGCCAUUCUUGCACAAUAUCACUCCUGCUGUAAACUCUGUCUCUCCAACUCUCCCCCUUCACUAAUACACACACCCAUGCACACCUCCACACACACCCCGAACACACCUCACACAGACACACUUCUCAUUUUUGCUUCAAACAUCAGUUCGAACGUAGACCCCAAUCUUAAAUUAAGGAAUUGACACUAUUGCCGUGAACGCUAUCUAGACUCUACUUCGAUUUUGGCUUUUUGGGGGGAACUCGGCGUGCGGAGGUACAACUUCCGGUGCUUCAACACGGAAUAGGCCAAUCAGCGUUAUUGUUCCCAUCCAGUUAGUGGAGAGAUCAGUGGUAUUUGCAGGCUUCUUCAGAUUAGCGCUGACUCGCCGUAGAUGGCGUAGUAUCGGUAGCGCGGCAGGAAAUGUGCCCGGUUCUUUUGGAUGUGAAUGGUCUCACUAAUCCUUUAUUCAUUGUCUUCUCUAAAUUGGAUUUGGCUCUUAUUCCAGUUUAUUGUGUUAUUCCAUUGGCCGGGCUCCAUAGUCACUGAUAGCUGACCUUGUAAGGGUUGACCCAGCGUCCUUCUUUCCCGAUCUUAUGAAGUGGGUUAUGCUCAGUAUCUGUUUCUUGUUUGUGUUCAGACUUCCUCAUUCCAUACCUCCCUGCAGUUUCUCCAAUGUAUACCUCGUUUCAAUCCUGGAAAGUAAUUUGGUAUACCACCCUGUUGAGACAUCAGCUGAUCUAUUAUCCUUUGGAUGGACCAAGAAUGUCCUAAGUUUAGGAAAAGGGCAUACUUCUUUCGGACUGCCGCGCUGCCGAUACUACCCCAUCUACGGAGUGUCUAAAGGAGCCUGCAGAUCUCGAAAAGAGUAGGCCAAAGCUUAAAAAAUAAAAACUAAAUUGACUGCGAAAAUGACAAAAAGUCGUUUUAUUUGUGAUCUAUCGAUCAGAUGAAUCUCUUAACGGAAAUGCAAAUUGAUGUUAAUAAAAGUGAUUUUUGUAAUAAAUGUUAUCCUGAAUAUAACAUUGCCAAAAUUGUCUUAGGUUCUAAAAUACAAAUACUAUGUGUGGGUGUGUGUGUGCCUGUGUUGUGAUAUAAGUAAGGGUGCGAGUGUGUGCACGUGGACUGGUGUGUGAAUGUAUGCGAGGGUGCCUAUGUGCGUGUGUGGAAUGACCGGAUGCAGUUUGUCCAUUUCAUGAUUCUUUUCGAUAGAUUCGUCUAAUUUAGAUUUGGAGCGAGUUUAUAUUGGAAUCUCUCAAAUCAGCUAGCACGAGUGUGGAUUUAUCUUUGUGUUUAUACAAAGAAUGUAAUUCCAGUUCAUGCUGGUUGAUUUGACAGGUUUCUGUAUUAACACGCUCUAACUCUAAAGAUGAUGGAAUUUAAAGCCGGCGCAUCUCGGCAAACGCCGCGUCGCGUCUAUACAAUACAAGAAUAGGCGAUCUUCUCGCAUCCGCCGAAACGAGCUUGAAUUUGGAUUGUAUUGACACAGAAGUCAGAUGCAUAAUUUCAUAUUUGAGAAUGCCAUUCACAGAUUCUGAAGCACCCAUCUUCAAGGACCAGUGAUUCCACUCGUACACCAUUCAUAGUCAAAAUAGGGCAAACUUCGAUUUGACAAAAGUCUAUUGAUCACACGCAUAAACAGAAUAGGAUCGUCGGGAGAAGGAAUGUGACAGUAUUUACACAAGCUUGAUGAGCCUGAGGGAACCUUUUCUGACACUAAUGGAAGAAAAAAUAUAGUUAUUCUUGGAGAUUAAUUUUCAAUUUCGAUAGGAUAAAAAGUAAAAACGAGCCAUCAAAUGUCGUUUUUACUCUUAAUAGACAAAAUGUGUAUUUUCUCAUGGAACAUCAUCUGGGAUUGACAUUUAUUUUAUACGUCACCUGCGAUUAAUGGCAGAAAAUAAUUUCAGUAAAUUA